AUGACGGCCGUCAUCCCACAAGUACCACUCGCGCCCACGCAGCGAGACUUUACUUCCUUCUUCGAGGAAUGUAACUCCGCACCUCGCAUAAAUCAACUACUGGGCUGGUUUGAAUCUACAGCCCGCGGUCAGUCUGGACGUACAACCAGGAACCCCGAGGUCGACACGAGAUUAUUCGACAGAGCACUGCUCGAAAAGCAUGGCGAUUACUUCGGUCGGUUCGCCGAGGUUUUCGAAUAUAUCAAGCGAUCUUCACUUUUUGCGAAUCAUUAUUAUGGCAGUAUUCCCUACCGAUUGGAGGAAAAUUAUCGUCUGGGGAACGCAAUCAUUGAAUACAGCCAGCGCAUCUCUAAUCGCCCACUCUUAUACCGCUCAAUCGGCACUGGCGACAGCAGCAUGGCACGUGCCAUUGCUCAAUUCUCCGAAGGAAGUGUCGAAGCUCUGUGCUGUAGUCCUAACGACAUGAGUGCGCAAAAUUUCGCGAUUAACGGAAAACCUCCCCAUGCCACUUUUUUUCAUGGACCUUUCCAUCGAUUGACCAACGAUGUUUUCAACUCUCAUGAUGAGCUGGCCCAGUUUGCUUCUGGUUUUGAUAUUAUUCAUGAAGAUACUACAUUUCAGAUGUACUCGCCAAAUCGAGAGGAACAAGUGAGCUUUGCCGUUCGAUUUCUGAAGAGAGAUGGUAUUUUCCUCUGCGUUGAGAAGUUUCGGCACGGAGACAUGGAUGAAUAUGAGCGACGUGAGUUGCAGAAAGAUUACGGAUUCAAAUCGCGAUAUUUCAGUAGUAGUGAAGUUGCUGCAAAAGGCAAAGACGUGCUUGUCACAAUGAGUAAAAAUCAAGUGACUCUAGACGAUAUGGCGCGUGUUCUGAAGCAACAUUUCGACCAUUGUUUUGUUACUUGGAACAGUGGCAAUUUCUACACUUUGGUGGCCAGCAACAAUCAGGAGAACCUUGAUAGUUUUGUUGCUAGCCUGGGCUCACCAGGUGUUCCUAAGGAGUUUGAUUAUGAAGAAAAACUACCCCGAUCAAUUUUCUGA